UUCAAGAUCACAGAUUAACACAUUCAUUACUUAUAGAACUACUUCCAUUCCUUGUAGAACCACUGAUGGUAACUUGGGCUAUCUGUGCUUCCAGUAACGGUGACUGACGAGGAGGCUUUGCACAACACCACCUGCCUCCGAUCGGUCCCAGGCCAUCCCAGUCAGGCACAUCGAGUAGAUUUCUAUAAACGGCUUUUUCGCUUUAUUGGGAAUUAAGCUACACAAUUCACUAAUUCUUUUCAAAGCAAAGAUUAGUUUGACUAAAACAGAUAGCCAUUUUUUUUGUUUUCGUUGUUUAUAAUAUUAUAUGCAAUCUUGGCUUAAUGAGCAAAUAUCUAACGAACAGCAUCACAUCUACAAAACACAAAAGGCAAAAUAACCAAGAAAAAAAGCGUAAAAAACUAUGAGAUAAGAGGUUGAGAAAAAGAAAACAGAAAUCUCGUGGAAUCAAGGGCCAUGAAUUGCAAUAAAGAUAAAAUUACAAAUUAUCUUUACGGCAUAUAAAACGGGUGCCUAAUGUCACAAAAUGUUUUGUUGAAAUUUCGUUUAAAUUUAUCGAACAAAAAGCAUGUUAUCUAUAAUAAAUGUCUUUACGUCUCUAAGUCGCUAUUAUUAAUUAGUUCCUGUGGCUUCUUGACUAACUUACUUAGUGCAGGUGCGUAACUAGAGGGGGGGGGGGGGGAGGGGGGCGCCUGUCCUCCCUUCUGACGCCAAUAAAGGUGGUCUCUUCUUAUUCAAGCAAUAACAAAUCUUAAUAUUUUUUGUGAUAUUUAUAGCUGUGAAUCCCCCUGACUACGCGCCUGCUGUCAGCGUGGGACUUAUUAUUAAAGUUUGUUUUAAUCAGAUUGCGAAGGCCUGUUAGCAACAUCGAUAGUUGUCGUCUACAGAGAUUACACACUAAAACGAACUUCAAACUACCUAGGUUUUACAGCCGUAAAGCAAAACUCAAGCAAGAAAAGCAAGACCCAAACAUGAAAACAAAGCUGAUCUUGGGAGACUUCUUCAUCGCGUGGCUGGUUAUCGCCGCAUAUGCUGGAAACUUAGCUCUCCGUCAGCCUACCGCAUCCUUGAAUAUAUGGCAAGAAGGUAGAGCACCUCCCGACCUCGCCGUGGAUGGGGUUGAAGACGCAACAUUCAACAUCGGAGACACCAUUUUGUGCUUUGGGACCUCGCCAGAUCCUACUCGCGGACCCUGGUGGCGGGUGGACCUCGGACGGACCCACGUGGUGGAUGAAGUGUUCGUCAUAUCAAGGUCGGACUGCUGUACGGAUCGACUGGCGGGAUUGGAAGUCAGAGUGGGGGACAGCCUGGUGGACAACGGAACAGAAAAUCCCAUGUGUGGAAGUAGGGUAGCCACUGGGCCGAUCAGCAAAUCCAUCUACUGCAGGCCGGGUCUGCGGGGUCGCUAUGUCGUACUAUACAUCCCAACGGUAAACAGCAUUCUUGAAAUAUGCGAGGUCAUGGUGAACUUGAACCCAACAGUAAAUCUUGCCUUGAGCAAACCUGCGAACCAAUCAUCUAUCGAUUCUUAUGGCAAUCCUGAACGAGCUGUCGACGGGAACACUGACGGUGACUAUCACCGACAAACGUGCACGCACACCUCUCAUCAUGAAGGGAAUCCCUGGUGGCGCGUGGACCUGGGCACUACUCAACCAGUUUCCGAAGUGUUCCUGGUGAAUCGUUUAAGUUCUGUAGAUAGACUUUACAACGUUGAAGUGAGAGUCGGUGAUUCUCUGACCGAUAACGGCAACACCAACCCUCGCUGUGGAGACAUGUUCUCCAUGGCAACACUGCAGAAGCUAUCCAUCUACUGCAAGCCGAGGAAAUCAGGACGCUAUGUGAACGUGCGUCUGGUGGGAGCUAGUAUGAUUCUAACCCUGUGCGAGGUGGAAGUGUACUCCGAGAGCAAAGCUGUGAUCUCUGAUAAACCGCCGCCUGAAGUCAUUGAAAUGUACGACCUCCAACCAACAGAACCGAGGUUCGUCAAUCUUACAUGUCCUGAGGCCUUCGGGUACCCUGUGCCGGAUAUAGCCUGGAUAUUAAAAGGCAAAGUGUACCAAAACAGCACGAGCCGUCAUUUUCAGAUACCAGCCAUGGACCUUGCGUAUGGAAACUUGACGUGGGAGUGCAUUGUGUCCAACAAGCACGGAUCUGACUUCUACCAGUUCCCCGUGAAAAUACUCAGCCACUUCAAAAUGUGCCAGGAUUACAAAAACGUAGAUUUUCCAACACGAGUCGUUACACAUUCAAGUGCUGGUAGUUAUAAAAAUGAUAGCGGAAUUAUUGAGACGACAUGGUGGCGAUACGGCGGGGACCAAGCACCGAUGCAGCUCGCCGAGUCGUGCGUACCUACCCAUCGCUGCAACACCAAGGCCACCGGAUGGAUGACGGAGCCUCAUCCCAGGGCCCGCGAUGGCGUGGUACAGCGGACAGUGUGUUUUCAUUGGGACGGCGAUUGUUGCCGUUAUCAAAAAAAGAUACUCGUUCGCCGUUGCCUUGGGUUCUACGUCUACAGACUUAAAGCACUGGAAUUUGCCGUCGAGGCAAGAUACUGCACUACAGCGCUCAAGAUAUUUGAAGAUGAAACCAUCCUGAUGUCCCAGUACAUCUCACCAGCCGGCCAUGUCAACUACGCGUUACCACGUCACGCAAUCGCAACAGAGCAAAAUGUCUCGGUGGUAGAUUGCGUGAUGUUCUGCAUGCUCGAUGGCAGGUGUCAGUCACUGAAUUACGUCACAAGCAGCAAAACUUGCGAGAUCAACAACGCGACCAGACACGAGAGCGAAGAUGAUGUCACACCAAGAGAUGGAGUGGUUCAUUACGAGGUUUUACAGUUCAUGCACGGCAGCGAUGAUUAAGCCACAGCUCGUGUUGAUGGUCGGCAAUUAUAGCUGUUCAAUAUAGAUGCCAACAAAUAUUGAUAGACCAUUUUUUGCUGUUGAAUUACCAUUUAACCUGUACUUUCCAACGAGAGGGUGUCAGGUGUGUAUUGGGAGUGCAACAAAAUGAACAAAGGAUGUGUGACGUCAUCGAUGACGUCACUAAAGUAAACUAUUCUAACGACAUCAACAAAGAUAUAUACGUAUCCCAUGACGUCAUCAAAAGCAAAAAUACCCGUAUCUCUAUGACUGAAAAAUCUUCAGACAGCAUGACUUAGAUGUCGUGAAGGCGUCAAGGGCGACGGGAUAGUCACAUGAUGUGUGUCGUAAUCGAAUACAUCUUCAAAAACGAAAAUAUUUCAAAUAUCAUCACGAUAUUUCGUGAUAUAGAAACCGUAAGGCAAGUAAUUUGGGAGAUGUCUAGGAGUGUCAAGGGAGGUGAAUGAGAAUGGUCAAGUGACGUUGGCCGUCAUCGAUUGAAAUCGUCGGGCGUAAAAUAGCAAUUUUUGUAUGGAGCUCCGCUUGUUGCCUACAUCUAUAUAUUAGUGAAAAUAGGUUAGAAGACAUUAGAGUCUAAAUCGAUCAAAAAAGCUACGAGCCAGAACAGGUUAUUGUACAUUGUGUAUAAUUUAUAUAUUGUAUCAUAUUGUGUAUAAUACAUGGGCGUGUAGAGCGCUAAUUAUAUAUUGUGUAUAUCUACGAGGCUUUAAUUGGCACAUGUGAACGAUUACGUCUAAAAACCCUAGAAGACACGGGGGUGAUUCAUAUUAGUAAACAGUCUAAUCCUAUUACGGAAAGCAGCAAUAGAAAACACAAUUCUUUCUACAGAUGUAGUAAACAGUCUAAUCCUAUUAAGGAAAGCAGCGAUAAUAGAAAACACAAUUCUUUCUACAGAUGUAGGAUUGUUUGCACAACAAAAUGUUAAGAUUUUGAAAAUAAAGUCUUUGUACAAUACAAAAAUACGCAUAAACAAUAGGUGCAUGUGCACGUGAGCAUGCGGGGAUUAUUGUGACCAUGGGGUGUAGUUAACGGCCUCAAGGAUCUGCGAACUGCACCAAGAAGUCACGUGACCUAUUGAGUGUCCAAUUCCAGUCCAGAUUAACACAGGAAACCCGUAACGCCAGAAAGCAACGAAACAAAUUAAUACAGGAAUGACUGCACCCGUCACGCCAGAAAGCAACAAGAAAAUAAAAAAUCGUUCAUUCGU